AAAAGGAACAAACAAAAAAACCUGCACUUGUCUUCUUCAAAACCGUGGCAUGCUUGGAAGGAAGGGUGAUGAGAGAACAUGGUAUUCUAGUGUUUAAAUCAUCUAGCUCCUUUGAGAAAAAGAUUCCUUAGUGAAUGGAGAUUAAAACCUUGUGCUUUUUCCUUCUUGAAGAGAUCAUAUGAAGGUUGAAGAACAAGUUUAGAGGCAUUGGAUUAAAUACGUGAAAUUCAAGCAAGGUUGGAAUUGCGCUUUUUACAGGGCGCACAAGGUACAAAGUUUAAGAAAAAAAUUGGCGAUACUAAAAGAGCCAAGACUUCUGCUUCUUCAUCUUUUGAUGAUUUUCGGUUUGUUUCUGCGGAGGCCCAGGAAAGGUAUUUUGACAAAUAUGAGGGCAAAGGAUUCAUUAGAGAAAGGAACAUCAGUGUGAGCAUGCCUGAGGAUAAUUUUAUCAUGAGGACUAUAAGAAGAAGGCAAUGGGAAGUUCUGGUAACUUAUGCUGAGUCUGCUUCUAGUUCCAUUAUUAAAGAAUUUUGUGCUAAUGCUAAUCUAGAAGACUUGGAUCAUACCAGGAUGUCCCGGGUUAGAGAGAUUGAUUUGUCAUUUUUUGUUGAGGCUAUUGAGAGAUUCCUGCAACUAAUUAUGACCAUGUUGCUGGUCCUUGUGAAUAUGUUGAUCUGUUCAAUAGGAUGAUGCCUACAACUGGGCGGCUAUUAUAUAAAAAAGAGAUGCCUAUGCUUGCUAACAUGAUUAGGAGAGGGAUCACUACUCCCUAUUCUAAAUGGAAGCUUAAGUCUGCUAACUCCUGACAAGCUACAUAUGAAGGAGUUGACUGGUGGGUGUAGGUUUUGGCAUCAGUUUGUGAACUCUAAUGUCCUUCCCUCUUCUAAUCUCACUGAUGUUAAUAUGAAGCGGGCUCCAUUCUUAUAUAUUAUGACCGGGUUGGAGAGGUUGGAUAUAUCAGCUGUUUUAUCUAACCGUAUUUGCCAUAUGGUAUGGGGUAGCAGGAAGGAGCAACUUCUGGCACAUGCUUCUUUGAUAUCUCAUUUUUGUGUCCAGGUGGGUUUGGAGAUCCCUGAAGAGGAAGAUUUAGAUGUUGCUCCUGAUGCACUUAUGAACUUCAUUACUUAUGCCAAUAUUUGUGCUAAGUCUGACCAAGAGCUAGUGGUCAAGACUGGCACUAUAGGACUUAAUGCUCCUGCAUCUCCUAGAGCACCCCGAGUACCUCUUCCACCCCGUGCUCUUGAGAUUCCACUAGUUGCUGCUUCCUCUGCAUCAACUUCCAGGGUACCUAUUCCACCACAUGAGCUAGUCUAUGAGGACUCACCGAGUUACUUGCGCAUGCAGAUGCAGAUGGAGUUCAUGUCCAUUCAUCACAUUUACCAGACUCGCGUCCUUGAGGGAUUAGCUCAGGCUGGGGGCAUGGAUUAUGCAUCAUUCCAGCCGCAGUAUCCGUUCGUGUCCCCAGCUCCAUAUUACCCAGUACCCGACGCUACUCGUGCACCGAUGCAUCCAGUACCACCAGUUCCUCCAUUUGCUGAGUCAUCUCAUGCUGCUGAGGGAGAUGACAUGGAGGAUUGAUUACAUCUCCUUGCUGCUGGAGAUUGUUUUAUUUCCAUUUUGUCUAUUAUUUUAGUUUAUCUUUUUAGUACUUUUGUUGUUUUAUUAUGACCAUAGGUUGAUGUUAGGGUCAUUUAGAUUAUGUGGGUUUGUAUAUGUCCCAUACACUCUGAUGUCUUUAUUGUGCGGAUUAUAGUUCAUUCUAUAUACUGUUGUUUGUUCCAUGGUGCAGAUAUUUCGAUAAUCCUUGGGUUUAAAUAUUGUUGGGAACAGCAAUUCUUUAAAUCUGGGAAUUGUAGGCAUUGGGAAGCACUCUGGAACUGCAAUUUUUUUCUAUCAGGGGAGAAAUUCUAAACUCUUUACAUUUUUUUAGUUAGUUGGUAGUUUGUGUUGCUCUUAUAAAAAAAAUUGGAAAUAUAUUUCUGAAGCAAUUCUCAGGUUUAAAUGUGCUUACCCAAUUAACUUGCUUGAUUGAAUCAUGGGAAGCAUGUUUGUAUGACAUUCUGGCAUGACAUUGCAUAGGUAUAAUUAGAUUACAUGAUUGCUCGUUUGUCUAAUUUGAUGUUGUGAAAUUCUGAUAAUGUCUGAGGUUAAUUUUCAUGAGUCUAGAUUGAUACCACAGCUUGUGAGAUUUGAGCUUAAACACUGAUUUUUCUUGUUGAGAAGCCUCACUGUUGUAACACUCUAAAACUUGAUUUGUUUCUCUGUGAUGCAUGCAUUGGUUGAGAUGAUUAAGGCAUUUUGUUCUUGUUAGCCUAUGGCCAAAUAGCCCACCUGUAUGAAAUUUUUCCAUGGCUAGCCCCUUGAGACUGAACAUAUGUUAUUGAUAAAUUACCUGUUGGCCAAAUUAAUGGCUUAGCUUAUAUCCAUGUGACUUACCCUAAUUGAGAUUGAAUUACUGAUGUGUUAAAUAAAAAAAAUAAAGAAAUUGAGGUAAGCUCCACAAAGGUUAAGUGAUUAGGGGAUGUAUAUUCUAUUUAUACCCAAAAAAAAAACCAAAAAUUUGCAUAAAAGGUGGUUGAAAGGAAUUAAUUCCCGAAAUUCUGUGGGAAUGUCAGUGGAGCAAGACCAUUGAAAUGAAUGUGCUAAAUUGUAAGAGUAUCAGUUUUUCAAUCUUAUUGUCGUUUUGAGUUGCUAUCCAUAUAUUCCUACACUUUAACCCGGCCAAGAUAUAACUUGUGAAGUCCUUUUGAUCAAUUGAUGCAUGUAUCUGAUUCUUCAUUUUUGAGAACUUUGAGAAUAUGAUCAAGCCUAUGGUAGUGUUAUAACUGUGUUGGAUUGAGUGCUCAUGAUACCCUAAACACUAAGUGUUGAAUGAAUAUUAUUUAUCUUUGUGAGGGGUAAUUAAUGUAGACUUGUAUCUUUGAGAAGCUGAUGGCAUUGUUGGAAACUUGUGAUGUUAGAUCAGUCAUGCUUAGUAUAUUGUGUCUGAGAUUGCCUGUGUAUUGUUAUGCUAGAUUAAUUGUUUAUUUCCUGGAUUGAGUCUUGUUCGUUGUUGCGAACAACAACGUUUAAAUUUGAGAAUGAUUUGAUGUGCCUCUGGCAUGUGAUAUUUUCUAAGCCAAAAAUAAUAAGAUUUAGUCAUAGGAGAGCAUUUUCUGUAUAUUAAUUGCUUUUAUUAUUUAGUUUUUCCAUUUUAGUUUAUUUCUUACAUUUUUAUAGUUUUACAGGUUAAAAUAUGAAGAAAUAGGAAAUUGAAGAAAAGAAGAAAAAGAGGAUCCACGCGAUACGCAUGGAUGUUGGCGCGACCCGCGCGGAGAUGCGUCUGCCAUACAGAUUCCAGAGAGUUGGCGCGGUUGCGGCGCCAACCCCGCGCAACCCGCGCGAACUUUCUCGGGAAAUCAAUUUCUGAAGACGUUAAAAGGACGUAACGAGGAAAGAAAGGGGGAUUACGACAGAAAGGCACAGAGAGUUCCAGUAGGAGGAAAACAUCAAGGGAGCAGAUCAUCGUUCUUAGUUAUCAUCGUAAUUUUCUUUUCUUUUCUCUUUUAUAAUUGUAUGUCAGCUAAGCCUAUGGCUAGAUAAUUUCUCUUAUUGUAGUUAGGGUCACAAACCCUAUGUGAACCCUUUUC